CAAAAAUAACUACUUUUAGUUAUGAAAUAUAAAUGGUAAUAUAAUUUUUAUCAAACUUAUUUUAAACAUGUACAAUAUUUGAAACGCUAGAUACGCUUGAUCCGCACUAGAACCGCUAGAUCCACUCUUGUUCCGCUCAAUUCGCUUGAUCUGCCAAUUGAUCCGCUUUCUCUGUUCGGAACCAUGAUAUGGUUCCUUACUUAGGUGUGGCUUCGCCACUGAUCACAAAUAUACGAAGAGCCACCACGACUUCUUUUUGUUGCUUCCAUUAAUACCAUUAAGCUCAUAGAAUACCGCCGGGCCGACCGGUUCUUACCGGCUAUAGCCAGUGAACCACAUCUUGUGACCACAUCAACACUUCACUCUCUCUCUCCAUCCACUUCCUCCUCUUUACCACUCUCAUUACCUAUCUCAACAAAUAAUGGCGACCGUGAAUUUCAUUUCCCAUCUCGCCUCUCCUGCAUCCGUCUAUUUACUAUUCCUACUCUCCACCACCGCCGCCGCCAUCAACGUCACCACCGUCCUAUCCUCUUUCCCCAAUCUAUCUUCCUUCUCGAACCUCCUUGUCUCCUCCGGCAUCGCCUCCGAACUCUCCGGCAGAAACUCACUCACUCUCCUCGCCGUGCCCAAUUCUCACUUCUCCUCCGCCUCCGUCGACUUCACGCGCCGCCUAUCUCCUCCUAAACUCGCAGAUCUCCUCCGUUUCAAUGUCUUGCUCCAGUUCCUCUCCGAUUCUGAUCUCCGUCGUAUCUCACCCUCUGGAUCUGCAGUUACUACCCUUUACGAAGCUUCCGGCCAUGUCUUCGCCGGAUCUGGAUCCGUUAAUGUCACACGUGACCCGGCUUCUGGCUCCGUCACUAUCGGAUCCCCUAGCUCAUCAAAGUCAGUCACCGUUUUAAAGCUCCUCGAAACCAAACCUCCAAACAUAACUGUUCUCUCAGUCGACUCCUUCCUCGUCCCCGCCGGAAUCGAUCUCACCGCCUCCGAGACUCUCAUUCCGCCGACUUCGGGAAUGUCUCCUCCUCCGGCGGGAAUCAAUUUGACUCAGAUUCUAAUCAACGGUCACAACUUCAACGUUGCUCUCUCCCUCCUCGUCGCUUCCGGGGUCAUAACUGAAUUAGAAAACGACGAUCAUGGCGCCGGAAUCACCGUCUUUGUCCCCACCGAUUCCGCUUUCUCCGAUCUCCCUGAAAACGAGAACCUCCAGUCGUUGCCGGCGGAUAAAAAAGCCAUCGUGCUCAAAUUCCAUGUCCUCAAUUCGUAUUACACACUCGGUUCGCUCGAAUCUAUAACCAAUCCGGUUAACCCGACAUUAGCUACUGAGCUAAUGGGAGCCGGUUCCUACACUCUCAACAUUUCCCGGGUUAAUGAAUCGAUCGUUACGAUCAAUUCGGGUUUGGUUUUAGCUGUUGUGACUCAAACGGCUUUUGAUCAGAACCCUGUUUCUGUUUUUGGAGUAUCCAAAGUGCUUUUGCCUAAGGAGCUGUUUCCAAAACCGGGCCAACCCGUGAGUACUCCUGCCACAACAACUCCUCCACGUGAAGUUUCGUUGUCCCCAGAGGGUUCCGAUGAUCAGCAGUCGCGAUUAGUAGCGCCUCCGGGUGAGGUAGUUUCCUCCAGCACGGUAAAAAGGACUCGGGUUUUCUUGUACUUGUGUUGGUGUAUAGCAUUUUGGUGUGCUUUGCUGGUAUGAUUUUUCGUAUUUAUUCCAUUAUGUUUUGCCAUAUAUUAAAGUUUUUCAUUUAUUUACGGUCAUAAUGUUAUUUUAGUAACUCUUGAGGAAAAAAAAAAAAAAAAAAGCAACUCGCUGAUAUAUAAAAUGAGUCAUUUUCAGUUUGAUA